CAGUAGUUAUCAGUCUGAAAGCACUCUCAGCAGUAAGCCAAAAAUUGUGGCAUAUAUUUUUGGAUUCAAAUUCGGAUGGCAAAACAUGCAGGUGCACUGUUGAAAACCGGCUAAAUACAAGAGUACGAGCAAGCAAAGACUAGGACACAAUGGAGAUGCAUCUGGGAGCAACGCUGCAUGUGUACAAGGGGGAGUACGGACUGCCGUCCAUAGAUUUUGAAUGUUUACGUGCUCUGUGCCUCCUGCGAUUCACCCGCUGUCCCAUGGACGUGCAGACCAGCUCCAAUCCCCUGCGUUCAGGUGCCGGAAAACUGCCCUAUCUGCAGAUCGGCAACCAGAAGUUCGCGGGCUAUAGGCAAAUUAAGCGCGUGCUGGAUCUCGAGGGUUACCCGAUAGAUGCGCAUUUAAGCACUAAACAAAAGCAUUUGUCCACCGCCUACGCCAACUGGGUGUUCACCAAUCUGCAUGCCUACUACCACUACUUCCUGUACGGAGAACCCCACAAUUUUGACACUACCACGAGGGGUCUCUACGCCAAGCGCACGCCAUUCCCCUUCAACUUCUACUACCCGUCAUCCUAUCAAAGGGAAGCUUGCGACGUGGUCCAAGUGAUGGCCGGUUUCGAUGUGAACGACAAGUUGGACAAGCACGAAGGCGACUACCUCGUUGUCAAUGCCAAGAAGGUAGUUAAUCUGCUGUCCAGUAAAUUGGGUCGCAAGGUAUGGUUCUUUGGCGACACCUACAGCGAGUUUGAUGCCAUCGUCUACAGCUAUCUCGCCAUCAUCUUUAAGAUCGCACUGCCCAACAAUCCACUGCAGAAUCACAUUAAGGGCUGCCAGAACCUAGUAAACUUUAUCAACCGCAUCACGAAGGACAUAUUCCGCAACGAGGGUUACAGUUCCGUCAAACUCACAAAGACACCCAGUGGCACGGAGGCAAGUCUGACGGCUUCGGAGCGCAAGUUCCUGGAUUCUGAGCUCAACACCAAAAUAGUGGCCGGCGUGGGAGCAGUGUUGGCCAUGGGAGCGUUUGCGGCAUGGCGUGGGAUUUACAACCAGUUCUGGUUCAAUGUCUUUGUUUGGCUCCAGACACUCAUGUAGACUACAACCUGAGCAGGUGCAAAAUUCUCAGUUAAUUGCAAAUUCCGAUUGCUUCAUCCCUUGCAGCUAACGACACGCUCUUCGACGGACUAUGAUGGCAUAGAUUACGAGGAUGACGAGAUGGAGGAGGGCCUAGACUAAUCGCAUCUCUGCAACGAUAUCUACGUGUAUAGUAUAUAUAUUAAAAUACAAUGUGGGGAUGAAGCACAAAAACUGUCCAGCCUUAAAGGUUUGCGUAAACACUAAAGAAGUUCGAUUUAUUUGGUCAUAGAUCUUUGGACCGAAAAGAAAUCAAGACAUCGUUUCAGGUAAUGAUCUUUAUUUAAAUAAAAGAUCCUCGUCUUGGAUUGCUUUUGGUUCCAAAGAUUUGUCAUACAAAUUGACCGACCUAGUAUGAAUAUUCGAUUUAUGUAUUAUAGUUCGAAUUCGUUUUUAAACCGUCUUGUAUAAAAUAGCAUUUUAAAAUCAUCUGAGCGUAAAAAAAAAGGAUAACAGAGCCCCGUUGUUAUGGAAAGACAAGCGGAUCGUUCUUAAUGUCCAAUAAAAACCUCGAUUGGA